CCUCCGACGCCCCCCUCCCCUUCUUCCCCGCACCCUCCCUGCCGGCUGCAAGAGCGAGAUGCGGGGAAAGCGGAGCCGCUGCUGCCCUCCGCUCGCGCUUGCUCGCUCUUUCCCAACGCGCUUCGGUGGGUUUCGCUCCCCUCGCCCCCCCCCACCCUCCCGCUUUCUCCCACCUCCGGGGCUCCCCCGUCGUCGCCCCCUAAAUCGCCUCCCCGUCCCCGUUUCCCCUCGCUAAGCACCUAAAUCGAAGGGCGAGGGAAGGGGGGACCCCCGGGGCGGGUGGGAGGGUGGGUCGGUGGGCGAGCUCGCUUUUUCUUCUCCUUCGCUGCGCCUGCCUUCCUUUGCGGGUGGGGGGCUCCAACUCCAACGCCCCCACACCCCGCUUUUCCUGGGGGAAGGAGGAGGAGGAGGAGGAGGAGGAGGAGGAGAGGAAGCUGGCUAAAGAGAGAGAGAGAGAAAAAGAAAGAGGAGCUGAAAAAAGGAGGACUGGGUCCCUCUGGGGAGCCCACCCACCCAAUUCCCGUCUCGGCCGGUCCGUUUCCCUGCCGCCUCGGGUCCGUUGCACCUGGAUGUCUCCGCUCUUCCUCAGCUGGACACACCUCCCUCCUCCUCCUCCUCCUUCUCCCACCCCUCCCUAAAAGCUGAGCAUCUUCGCGCGCCCCCCACCCCCCCUCCCCCUGCUGGAGUCUCCCGGGUACGGCGGGGGGGGAGUCCUCCGCGCCCUCGGCUUGAAAAUGCUGGCAGGUGGAUCGGUCCAUCAGAACGGGCUCUUUCCUUCGGCCCCCCAGCAGCCGCAGCAGCCGCCGCCGCCCUCGCUGUCCCAGCCGCCGCCGUCGCAGCCGCCAGGGGGGCCUCAGCCUCAGCAGCCCCCCCAAGCCGCCCCGCAACCCCCCAUGGAUUCGGAUCCCCCCGACUCCAGGAAAAGGCCCUUGGAGACCCCCACCGAAGCCAUCAGCACCAAGAGGAGCAACACGGGAGAAGAUGGCGAGUACUUCCUUAAGGUCCUGAUUCCCAGCUAUGCUGCCGGAUCCAUCAUCGGCAAAGGGGGCCAGACCAUCGUCCAAUUGCAGAAGGAAACGGGAGCCACCAUUAAGCUCUCCAAAUCCAAGGAUUUCUAUCCAGGGACCACGGAGCGGGUAUGCCUGGUGCAAGGCACCGCUGAAGCCCUCAACGCCGUCCACAACUUCAUUGCCGAGAAGGUUCGAGAAAUCCCGCAGUCGGUGGUGAAACCCGAGUCUGUCAAUAUCCUGCAGCCACAAACCACCAUGAACCCCGAUCGGGCCAAGCAGGCCAAAGUGAUCGUCCCAAACAGCACAGCCGGGCUGAUUAUCGGCAAAGGCGGUGCCACCGUCAAAGCCAUCAUGGAACAGUCCGGCGCUUGGGUUCAGCUGAGCCAGAAACCCGAAGGCAUCAACCUCCAAGAACGCGUGGUGACCAUCAGCGGUGAACCCGAGCAGAUCCACAAGGCCGUCGACAUCAUCGUCCAGAAGAUCCAGGAGGAUCCGCAGAGCAGCAGCUGCCUCAACAUCAGCUACGCCAACAUUACUGGCCCGGUGGCCAACUCUAACCCAACCGGAUCACCCUACGCCAACUCUACAGACGUUCUACCCGCGGCCGCUGCCGCCGCCACCGCUUCAGGCUUGUUGGGCCACACCAGCCUGGCCAGUGUUGGCGCCUUCCCAGCUGCCCUGCCGGGCUUUUCUGGCAGCGACCUCUUGGCCAUCAGCACAGCGCUCAACACCUUAGCAAGUUAUGGAUACAACACCAAUUCUUUGGGGCUCGGCCUCAAUUCAGCCGCCGCUUCCGGAGUCCUGGCCGCGGUGGCCGCCGGAGCUAACCCAGCGGCUGCGGCUGCCGCUAACCUCUUAGCUUCGUACGCCAACGAAGCUUCUACGAGUACCACGGCCCCAGCCGGUGCAGUUGGCGCCUUCACCUUGGGCUCUUUAGCGGCGGCCACUGGGGCAGCCAAUGGCUACUUAGGGACCGCCUCCCCGUUGAUGGCCAGCUCCUUCCUAGCCACCGAGAAGCUAGUGGAAAGCGCUAAAGAUAUGGUGGAGAUUGCAGUGCCGGAAAACCUAGUAGGUGCCAUUUUGGGCAAAGGCGGGAAGACGUUGGUCGAGUAUCAGGAGCUGACAGGGGCCCGCAUCCAGAUUUCCAAAAAGGGGGAAUUUAUUCCAGGUACCAGGAACCGUAAAGUCACCAUCACCGGCACGCCAGCCGCCACCCAAGCCGCGCAAUAUCUCAUCAGCCAGCGAGUAACGUACGAGCAAGGAGUCCGGGCCACCAACCCACAGAAAGUGGGAUAAGAGGAGGCCAAAGAGAAGGCCUGGGGAGGGGAGGAGGAAUAGGUUCAAUCAGCCCUUUAAUAGUGAAAAAUGGUAACCGCCAUGACCCCGACCCCUGCCCAGUGCCCGUCUCUCUGACACACACACACACACACACACACACACAGAUACACAGAGCCCCUUCUGAUUGGGACGCAGCCCAUCCUAUUCUGCUGGACGUUUAUUUUACCAACGGUGUGGCCUGAUUGUGUAUAUAUUUCUCUCUCUCUCGAUCUAUCUAUCUAUCUAUCUAUAUAUAUGGCGACGUUUUCUUUUCUUUUUUCAGUUGAUGGAUUUGAAUAGAGAAACAAAAAAAGAUUUUUUUAAAAAGAAAACAGUCCUCUUUCUUUCCCUCUCUGUUUCUGAGUCUCCGAACGAGUCCGAUGGAGCCAGGACCAACCUCUCUAGCUUUCUUUCCUCUCUCCGGGAGAGGGUAGAUCAGCUUCAGGGAUCUCUCGGUGGGCUCUCCGGGCCCUUCUCCACGCCCACCCGGAGCUUUGAUCACUGGUAGAUGGUCAGGUGGGGUCUUGGGAAGGAAACGGGGAAGGAGUUAGGGCAGGGCCGGAACCGUGACCUUAUUCCUGCCGUGAUCGAUUCCGCUUCUCUCUUGGAGCGGAACAAGGCAGUUGGGUUUGCGCUUCUGAGUUGCGUUGUUUGUCCUGAAUGAAGAGGAGGUGGGAGAAGGAGAGGUUGGCGUAACAACCUUGUUCAGUUGGCUUUGAAACAAACAACUAUAUCACCAUUCAAAGCACAUUUUUACAGGUAGUCCUCGACUUACAACCACAACCUAGCCCAAUAUUUCCAUUGCUAAGCAAGGCAGUGGUUCAGUGAGUUUCGUCCCAUUUUACAACCUUUUCGCCACAGCUAUUAAGUGAAUUGUUGUUCAAUGAAUCGUGGCUUCCUCCCCCUCCCCACCUUGAUUUCGCUUGCCGGAAACCGGCUGGGAAGGUCGCAAAAGGGGAUCCCGUGAUCCCGGGACGCUGCAACGGUCAUAAAUGUGAAAAACUGUUUAUAAGAUCACUUUUCUCAGUGCCCUUGUAACUUUGAGCGGUCACUAAACGAAUGGUUGUAAUUCGAAGACUACCUGAAUUCAUAGGGAAACGCUGUGUCCUUUCUCUCCAUUUUCCCCACCCUGGUGAUCGAAACAAGGUCCUUAGAUGAUCAUUUCGUAGGUAGGAUCUGUUUUUGGUGUUCUACUGAAGGAGGAGGAGCUUGAACAAGGGGUAGAGAACUGGAUCAAGGUCUUGACACAGAGAACUUAGAACGAUAGGUGUCUUCUUCUCUUGCUGGGGAUCUGGCCCGGAGUUGCUGAGGCGACUCUUCCUAGGGUUUGGGAUGAGCGUCCCCACAAUUGUAAAGAAGGCUGAACCUCCUGAGAGACAACCUGUGUCCUGGAAGGAGAAGGUCAAGGCCCUUCUUGUGUGAUGCAAGUCAGACUUGUGGAGUCGGGCUCAGAGGUGGCAUUCAGCCGGUUCACCCAAACCGGUAGCGGAAAUCGCAGGUGGGCCUGCCCACCCGCCCCGCUCUAUGCCAUCCUGUUUAGGCACGUUUUUGAGGCCGGGCGCAUGCGCGGAAGGCGCGCGCUCCCAUUUGCAAACCAGUAGGGAAAGUAAAGUAAAUUCUACCCCUGGUCAGGGGGUGGAGACCUUCUUCCUGUGGUCCACCUACAAUCUGUUGUGUCUUCCUUUCCCAGUUGAGGUGCUGCGUCCCCUUGACUCUCACAUCCAGCUGUGUUUGGGCCACAGGAAGAACUUCAUACACGAAGGUGCCAUCUGAGCUUGGAAAGGCCCAAACCCCAGGUUUUAGCUACAACUCUUAGCAACAGUGGUGGGAAAUUUGGAAGGAAUGACGGGGCAAUGGAAGCUCCUGUUUCUCCAGGGGGCCAGUCAGGUGCACCUGGUGAAGAAACAGAACUUGUCAGUAUUGUGGGCUGUUGAGCUUUUCCUCAAGCCCAGACAAUUGCAUUUUCUUUCCGACUUCCUUUUUUCUCUGUUUAUUCACCCUCUGAUAUGGUGUUCCUCAACUUUGGCAGCCCAAAGAGGUGUGGAACUUCAACUCCCAGCCAGCAAAACCGUUGUAUCUUAGGAGGUUUCAAUCUCCCAUCAGAAUUUUGGGAGUUGAAGUCCACACCUCUUCCAGCUGCCGAGGUUGAGAACUUGCUCUUAGUAUAAACCAGCAGUAUUCCUAAGCCACCAUGGGGAUGUGGCCUUCAUUCAUCUGCUCCCUUCAUUCAUGAAUCUUCCCAGUGAGGGAGUUCUGGUAGCUUUUUUCUUCUUCUUUUUUAAGAUCAUCAUUUGACCGGGGCUUCCUGUUCUCAGUGUAAACUUCAAGUAGCUGUGAAGGCCACAUCAAGAACAGGUCCCUCCACCUAAGAGGUGACUUUCCUCUUGGUAGGACUCUGCGUCUUGAUCUUCUAGUUUGGUUAGUUUCCAAACGGGAUGACCGCUGGGUUAUCUCCUCCUCGCCUCCUCUCACCCUCAAAAGGGUGCAAUGGAUGGAUGAAGGAAUGAAUGAAUAAAUUUAAAAAAACAACAACACAGGGUAUCUCCCUGCAAUGUUUACAUAUCGGGCUCGCGUCGUUCUCUCUGUCUGUAGGGAACUCGCCAGCUUGUCGGCUUUUGAAGGUUGCCAGCAUUUUAACCAAGAGUUUCUUGAUCGUGCUGGGUCCCCCCCCCCCCCGCCCCCGAGGAUGAUCAGAGUCCAGAGUCGGCCAGCAAGGCUGAACAAAUCGACCACAUGUCAUUGCAGUGUUUGUGGUAGCUCGUUCUUUGUGUGUUUCUUCUAAGAACGGUGGCAUUUAUCCAGACAGGGCUGGAAAAGUUAGCUUGAGUGAGGACCUCACAUCGUUGGCUUGUCUGAUGGCUUGUGACAGUUCCCGGUUCCGUCAUUUGGCAUAAAAGGCCUGAGUUGUGAAGUCAAAGUCUACCUCUUCCCAGGAGAUCCCACCAAGGUGUAGAAGAUAGGAUGAUGGAUGUCUACCCAGGCAUUGUGUUGGUUGAGCUAGGCUUGUUGGAAAUGAAACAGAGUUGGUGACCUCAUGUUUCUUGAAGUUUGGGGGAGAGGUCCCACGGGAGCCCUAGAGAGCCCCAAUGUUCUCCAGGAUAGAAGUUGCUGGCCGGUGCAUUGGGUGUCCUUCUCAAGGCUGGAGACCCAGAGAAGCUGGAAAAAGUAACUUAAGGAGAGAAAGUCUCCAACCUCAAGUUUCUUCUCUGGAGGGCUUGGCCAGGUCCUUGUCUGUCCCUCUGGCACAGAUUUUCCUAUGCUGCAUUAAAACUCCCCGCCCCCACUUCCUCCCUCGACUCUUCAGCACUGAGUUAUGGACUUCUGCAAUAUUUCAGUGACUCUCAAAGGAGGGUGGGUGGAAAAAAACCACAGUUCCUUUCAGACUGUCUCCAAACCAUCGGGUUGGAGAUUCAGAUCUGCCGGGAAAGAACUUAGCACACGGCCCAUCUUUCCUUGAUGCUCUUAAAACAAAGAGUUUGAUCAACUGACCGGCUCGCUUAGGCCAACGGCUCUGGCUUCAGGGCGGUAGAA